GAGCCGCCUGGACCUGCCGCGAUGGGAGCGCCGUGGGCUUUGGCGGGGAUGGCGCUUGGCAGCCUGCUUGCCGCAACCCUCGUCUUAGCCGAUGAGGACUGCAAGUGGUACAUGGACAAAGAUGGCUCUUGGCACCCUGGUUUUGACUGCAAUUUCCCCUCCUUCUGCUGUGGUGACUGUUACCAUCGCUACUGUUGCUUUGACUUUCAGAAGUUCCUGACUGAACGGCAGCAAAAGCACUGCAUGGCAUUUGGCCCUAGAACAAUUGCUGGCAUUGCAUCAGGCGUGAUACUCUUUGUGGCCAUUGUUGCCACCAUUGUGUGCUGCUUCCUGUGCUCCUGUUGCUACCUGUACCAGCGACGGCAUCGUAUUCGGACACUGGAUCAAGGUCAGGAAAUCCCACUGUCUGGCUACCCUGCUCAGCCUCCAGGUCCUUAUCCUGUGGAUCCCAAAGCAGGACCAGAGGCAGUUCACCCUAGAUAUACCCCUGUGGUCCCCUAUCCCCCUACAGUUCCAGCUGCACAAUAUCCUUUGUACCCGCCUGGACCACCAUAUUACAACCCUACAGCUCCUCCACCCUACCUGCCACCACAGCCAGUGCAGCCCAGCACUUGAAGAGGACCUUGCAGAGACUGUACAAUGAAAUUCUUUUUCUCUGGGCCUGGCAGCUCCAUUCCACAGAACUUGUAUGGAUGUCUUGCUGCACUGGAACGUCAGGCCAAGCUUCCGUAUUUGCCAGUUUCCUUACUAAUUGCUCUUUGCUCUCCAUGAUAGGAAGCAUUAUGACUCCACUGCUUUGGCCUCCAGCUUCCCACUUUUUCCUGCCUGUGUUACUGAGGGAAACGCCUAGACUGCCUCAUUUCCCAUCUGGGUUCAGGAAAGGGCUCCUGCAAAAGCAAGCACAUGAGGCCGGAGAAAAUAAGAUGAACAGAACCUGGGACAGACACCACUCCUGUGCAGCAGUGGCAGACGAGGAGGCAUUUGUCUCAAGGUGGCAACAGGAAGCAAAGUGGAACCGCCUUUUCACACAGGGAUUUUGGCUUACCCUGCUCCCUGACCAAGCAGAAGGAUCAGUCAUGCCCUUGUUCAUAGUCCCUAGGUGAAGUUUUAUGUCCUAACAAAGCCCUGACUCCUUGGAAAGAUAAAUACGGGAGAGCCCAAAUACCCCAUGAGAAUGGGCACUUGGUGCUGUUUUAUACAAAUAAAUUAUGUAGGUGCCAGCCUGGAGGAGAAACUAGCUGAGAGACCAACACAGCCUGCUUUGAUUUAUCCAAAGGAAACUAUACGCACAAUUACUGCACUGGAAAGGGUUAGAUGGACUGAAAACAAUACCUUUAUAACAGACAGGAUGAGGGCUUGUGAGGAGUAAACAAGUAGUUUUGUCUGUUGUUUAGCACAGGCUUUGAAGCUUUUGUAGCAUCUGCGGAUUUUGAGGCCGAUUCUCUGUUCCACACUUCAUUUGCAAGUUUGCGGACACAUUUCCUGUGCCCUGUCUGGGAAAAGUAAUUUUCCCCACAGCACCAAAAUGCACUUUUGAAUUUCCCUUGUGCUGUAUGAAUGUUGCAGAGAAGCAAUAGAAAGGAAAGCUAUUUUUCAAUUGUGCAUUCUACCCAGUAGAUUUACAUUCAUAUUAUAGAUCAAUCUAGGCAAGAAAAUAACCCUCAUGUGCAAAAAUGCUUGUUGUUCUUGUAUUAUAGUUCCAGAGAUAAGUACCACCUGCUCUGUAGAACCAUAUAAAGUUUGGCCACCUGCAGUGAUACAUUGCCACGAGAGUCUGUGGAGUUAUGAAAUCUUGGCCCAUGAUGGGUCUAACUCAUUUAUACACGUUAAUUAAGUUUAAAGUGAUGACAUUACUCUUUCCCUACCAGUAAGGUGAAAAAGAAAACUAGGCUAGAACUUGUCCUGCAAAGAUAGAGGGAAGUCCUUCUAGUUUAAAAUUAGCUCAUGGGGGAGGGGGGGCUGCCAUGCCCCCAAGUGGAAAUUUAGCAAUUAGGAAAUGUUAAUUCACACACACACACACAAAUGCCUCAAUGGUCCUGCUGUCCAUUUCCAAUUUGACAUUUUCUCCAGCCUCAAGUGCUGUUGGUUUUCUUUUUGCUGCAAAUCCCUCCUGAGCAUGGUCUUCCAGCAUUUGGGUAUA